UCCUAAAUGUUACAUAAUACCUCCAUUUCAAAUCACUCUGCUCUAGAGUAGCAAUGAAGUCAUGAAAGACCUCUCUCUCCUAACUAUUAAACCACUAGCAAAUUAAGUGCCAUUAGUAACCCUCUUCUCUCAUUCCUCCCCAAGUCUCCACCUCCCUAUCUUUUUCUUCACCAUUUUAAGAAACCAUUCCCAUAUACAUCUUCUUCCUCUCUCUUUAUUCAUCAAAAGAAAUCCAUGGAGAAAAUAACCCUCCUUCUCCUCCUCUCUCCAUUCCUUCUCUUCUCCGCAAGAUCGCAGUCAUUCAUCGGAGUGAACUACGGCGAGGAAGCGGACAACCUCCCAUCACCGGACGCCACCGCACGACUCCUCCAAUCAACAACGAUCUCCAAGCUCCGUCUCUACGCUCCCGACGCCGCCCUUCUCCGAUCCCUCGCCUCCACCGACAUCACCGUCAUCCUCGGCGUUCCCAACUCCGAUCUCCCCACUCUCGCUUCCUCCUCCUCCGCCGCCUCCACCUGGGCCUCCUCCAAUCUUCUCCCUUUCCUCCCUUCGCCUUCAAUCCCCCUCAUCGCUGUCGGCAACGAAGCUCUCAACUCCGGCGAUCCUUCUCUCCCUCCUCUCCUCCUUCCGGCUAUGCAAAACCUUCAAUCAGCCCUCUCCUCCACCGCCCCUCAGAUCAAGAUCUCCACCGUCCAUUCCAUGGCCGUACUCUCCCAAUCCGAUCCCCCCUCCGCCGGCGCCUUCCACUCCGACCUCUCCUCCGUCCUCUCCCCCAUCCUCCACUUCCUCCAAGAUAACGGAUCCCCUUUCAUGAUAAACCCGUACCCGUUUUUCGCUUAUAGAUCCGACACGAGGCCCGAAACCCUCGCCUUUUGCCUAUUCCAACCCAACCCGGGCCGGGUCGACCCGGUUUCGUCACUGACGUAUUCCAACAUGUUUGAUGCGCAGGUGGACGCCAUACGAUCAGCUCUUGAUGCGAUGGGUUUUACGAAUCUCGAGAUCGUCGUGGCGGAGACUGGUUGGCCAUAUAGAGGUGACGCCGAUGAAGUCGGUGCCAGCGUGGAUAAUGCGAAGGCCUUUAAUGGUGGGCUUGUGGCCCAUUUAAGGUCCAUGGUUGGCACGCCUAAGAUGCCUGGCAAGUCCGUGGACACUUAUAUCUUUGCGCUUUAUGAUGAAGACUUGAAGGCCGGGCCCACUUCUGAGAGGUCUUUUGGGCUUUUCCGGCCCGAUUUAACUAUGACUUAUGAUGCCGGGCUCUCUAAGACCACUAACUCCAGCCCGGCAAGCCCUGCAUCGCCGACGGAGAAGCCGGCGUGCGAGACGACGAGCAACGUUAGCUCGAGUUUCUCGUGUGGGCAGGCAAGCGUGGAAUGCAGUGUAACGCUUCCCGGCGGCAGCUGUUUAAUUUCUGAAGCCGCCGGCGUGAAACUCUUAUACUUGAUAACUUCUUCUUGUUUGUUGUUUCAUUUGGUGCUCAUUAGUUAGUGAAUCCGCAGCACUUACUUUGUGCUUUUGUUU